CGAUAAAAUACCCAGCACCUAUAUAUUGGUUUCUGAAGCAUGAAUGGAAUGUAGGUAGAUUUGAAUUUGAAAAAAGUACAGUUUUGCUGCAACUCAUAAUCUAGCAAUACGAAAGAACAACAAGAACUAUGAUAUUCAUUGAAGUCUUUAUUCAUUCUACCAGCAAAUUGAACCCACAAUUCAAGAAAUUAAUAUUAUCUCUAGAUCUCGCCUGAACUUAUUCAAUUAUACAUCCUAUCUACGAUUUACGGUGGUAAAAUAAUUGUAUAAUUUACAUAGAAAAACGUUUGGUCAAACCAAGUAGAAUAUCAGUACUCAAGAACAGAAAGUUUUCAACCAAAUCAGCUAAACAAAAUCUCUAUUAAAUUAUAAGCUUUUCAUAUACAAUGAUAACAGCAAUAGUUUCGCUGGAAAUAAAGUGCUGCAGAAAAAAUUACUGCAAGUGUUCGUUCAUAUCCAAGAAGAAUUGCAAGAAAAUUAUACAACUUUGUUUUUAGUGAAAAUAUUAAUCAAUAAAUCGACAAUCGAACAAAUAAUUUGGUCUUUAGUAAAGGAAUUCUGAUAGACAUUUUCUUGCUUUAAGAAUUUUCGAUUGCUCGCUAAUUGUAAGAGGCCUGAUGCACUCUGGCCCGUUAGUAAAGGAGUAAUGAAAUCGAGGCUUGAUCUAAAUCGAUCAGCUGCAGCAGUCGGGGACCCGCGGGUGGGUGGGUAUUUGCAGCGAGCGAUUGAUUGCCUUUGGAGCUUUGGCAAAGCUUGCACUGACACCAUUUCGUUAAGAACCUCUAACGCAACCGCAGAGAAGAGCUGUAAUCCGUAUAACUUUGUUCCAUUCCAUUUGGUGAACGAACUUUGCCAAAUGCUGCACUGAGACGUGCACCGCGAGCUACAGGUCAAUCCCCGUCCCUUUCGCUGGCAAGUAUCUUGACCAAUAUUUAAUCACGUCAUCAGAACGACAAAUAAAAAAAAUCAAAAGAACAAACACAAAAGAAAUUUUCCUCCGUUAUAUUUACGAACGUAUAUAGAUCAUCAUCGACGUCGUCACUUCCGCAUUUGUAACACAGAUUCGUCAGGUACCUAAAGAUCACCAAAUGACUAACGCGCUGCAGGUCUCUGCUCCGGGGCUCAAAUAAUUACUACCUAUGACAUCAUCAUUAGCGGGAUUAAUUGCUUCUGUAAUGUGAACCGGUACUCGAUGAGAAAAAGUGCAACGCGUUCAUUCAACGUAUUCACGAAUCUGCCCAUCGUUCGAUUUUCUCAAAAAAUCCUUGCAUUUUCAAUUUUCGGUGUUUCAAUGUGAACGAUAUUAUGGAUCGAUGGAAUUUGUGUUACGUGAACAGAAGCCUGCAUUAAAAAGUGGAAAUAUGAUGUAGUCGAUUACUAAUUAGUUUAGAUUACGAUUUAACCGUGAAUGUACCGAUAAUAUAAUUAAUCUGUUAAUAGAUUAUGCAGACACAAUGUGAUCUAAAGUUACGUAACAUUCGGUUUGGCGAUUUUUUUUUGAUUUCCUCUUUUUAUUUUAUUAUUUUUUUUCUUUCGUAGUCACUAGUUAUAGACCGUACAUAUGCCUGUGCUUUUUUAGAUGUAGAUUAAAAUGGCAGUUGACAUAAAGUUUACAAAAUUCGACAACACAUCAUGGGGCUUUCGUCUGGCGGGUGGCAGCGACUUCCCACAACCGUUAACGGUCAUUAAAGUGGCAGAAGGUGGCAUUGCAGAGCGCAUGGGCCUUAGAGUUGGAGAUGUUGUUGUCAGAUUGAAUGAUGAGCCUAUCAGUAGUUACACCCAUGGGAAAGCACACGAGGCCCUCAUAUUAGCGGGAAAUAAUUUUGUCCUCGGCGUCAACAGAACUGAGGAGCCAGAGAAAAUCGUCGAAGCGAUUGAACAGGAAAAUAUCGUCCCCUAUAAUAUCCCCCUCGAAGAAUUGCCCCCUGUUUAUUCCCCCGAACCACCAAAAGAAUUGACGCCUGUACCGAUCUGCGUCACCAUGGAAGAAAAUCAGGAAUCGCCUGAAACGGAAAAUCCCAUGGACCCCGACGAGGAGGCCCUUCUGAACAAACCAACCGAUGCAAACAGCGAUCCUGUAGCUAAUAAAAAUAUGACGGACGAGGAAAUAGCCGUGAUGAUCCUAGAAGAGGAGGAGUUGUUGCCCGAUCAAGGAGUACUAGGGGUGAACUUCAAAAAACUCAGACCUCGAGCCCCGUUGCUAAAGGAUUCGAAGGUUUUUGAGGAGCUACAAAAAAUCGCGACUGCAGAUCCUCCGCAGGUUCAGGAAUUGAAGAGGUCCACAACUUUUCUUCAGAAACCCCAGCGGCCUCCGCCUGUAAAAAAAGAAGUACAUGACGAACCCAAGGCGGAGCCAUAUCGCGUGAUCAUCAAAAAGCAACAGAAAAAAAGCGUCACCGAAAUGCUUGCGGAAAAGGGCCUUCUUGGGCCGCUCACCCCAGAGGAAGUGCGAUCUCAGAAAAAUACUCCGACGCCGACACCGACUGCGACACCGGAGCCUCGAAUUUGCACAUCAGAAGAAGAGUCCUCGAGGCCAGGCUCAAAACUUGAAUCCGUUGAUGAAAUCAUCGAGAAAUAUACCGAAGAAGAGAUCGGUUGCAAUGGAAAUGAUGCGGUAGAAGAAGUAUCCACAGAAAUUGAGGACAUAACGCGUGAAACUGAAACUUCGGUACCCAUUGAAGAGGUAGAGGCCGUUCCGAUAUUUGACAAAGAAAAGGUAAAGGAACUUGUCACGACCGAAUUGAGCCUUGAAAAGCAAUUGGAGAACGUUCAGAGCCAACUGCUUGCGCUCAAACAAUUACCCAGUGAAAUCGAAAGCCAUUUAAGAAUCGUUUCGGAGCAGUUAUAUAAAAUAAUGGAACUUAGCGGAGUGCAAAGAAGUGACAGCCUGAGCUGCAGUCUUCGAGGGUCGGAUCAGCAACAGUCUGAAUGUGUUAAAGUCGUUGAAGUGCGCGAAGACAAUUCUGAGCAAAUGGAAGACGAUCAGAAUACAAAUAACGGCGUUGAGGAAUUGAGCACCGAACACGAGGACGAAAAUAGAGAUGGUUAUCAAAGCGGAAACGAAAAGACGAGCACAGCGCCUUCAGAAUCUGGAGAUAUGUCAAAAAGUGCCGAAUUGAUAGACGAGUCCGUAACACGUGAGAUUGAAAUCCAAGUGAUACCUCCGGAUGACAGGGUAAAAAAAAUCGUCGAAACUUACGAGGCUCAAGUCAUAAGAUCGAGAGAUGCGAGCCCGGCUUUAUCAGACAGGAGCUUUAAACCAGAUCCGAAUUUGUCACCAAAAGACCAAGUUAUACAAGAAUUACAGCAAAAACAAGGGAGGAAACACUCGAAAGAUCUCUGGCCCCAGCCUAAACAAGUCGAACAAACUUACGGAAGAAGAUGGAAAUGUCCGAAUGAUUUUUUCAAUGACGAAAUGAUCGCAGAGGUUUUAUCCUCCCAAGCUGAAGUUAUACACGGCAAAGCGCUUGGAAUAAACUUCAAAAAGUACGAGAAAACUGCCCUGCCGAAUUUCGACCACCUGAUGAAUUCUUCGGCGUACAAGAUGAUCCACAAGAUGGAAAAAGAGCCUCAAAAGGGUAUUCCGGUUCGACCAGCCAAGGUUCCUGCAGCGGAAGAUAUCCUGGAACGAGUCAAAUCACCAGCAUCCAGCUUGGCGGAUGAUCAGAGCGCUCAGAGCAUCGAUCACUAGUAUGAAGGAAAAUCUAUCAAAUCAAAAUGAAAAGUACAUAUUUAUGAUAAAUUAAGUUCACGGAAUUGUAACUAUAAUACCAAUACUUGAAUAAUAAUGAUAUCAAAACUUA